CCCGCCGACAAAGAAGACCCUGGACCAAUCGAUAUCGAGUCAGAACAUAAGCGAGAAGAGAAAAUGGCCACAACUCAUUGAACCCGCUGUAGCAAAUUACACUCAAAAUAUCUUACUUGAACAAAAUUGCACUUCUUAAAGCACAAAUCUUAAAGCAUCAAAGAUGAAUCAGUACCAGAAGGUUUAUAUGAACCAGAUACAUUCCAGUUCUUUACUGGGACAGUUAGCACAGAUGUGGAAAAGCCAGAUGUUAUGCGAUGCACUGAUUAGGACAGGAAAUGUCACCACAAAGGCACACAGAGUUGUUUUGGUAGCUGCUUGUCCUAUGUUGCAGUCCAUGGACAAUGCCUCAGUUGGUUCACAUCUAGAAGUACGCCUGGCAGCAGAUAUUAAACAAGAGGCUGUCAAUUCAUUCUUACAGUACUUAUAUGAAGGAUUUAUGAUGUUAAGUGAAGAAAAUUGUAAAGAUGUUGAAAAAGUAGCUAGACUUUUACAAGUAGAUAGUGUAACAAAGUGCUGCAUAGACUUCUAUAAUUGUCUUCAAAAGAAAACAGGUGUGCCUGUAUAUUCCAACACACAAUAUAAAUACUCAUCUGCUGAUCUCUUAGAAUUCCGUCAUGUUAGAACAACAGACCUUCAGAAGACUCUCCAUGAAAGAAUGAUGAAACGAGCAGCUGCUGAUUCAGUGAGACCUACAAGUCCAAGUGGCAAACGUCAAAGAAUGCAACAACAGAGACCACCAAGUCCCAACAUUGAUCUUGCCAUGUUUGGUCAGAAAGCUGAUGAUACUCUCAGCAUGGCUCAUAGCUACAUGGGCAAUAUUGGCAAUCAAGCAGCAGCUGAACCAUGGGAAAGGGUGCCUAGAAUUGGUGCAAUCCAUAGUCAGCGCCAAUCUCACCCAAAGCCAGGUGUAAUUGAAAUUGUGGAAGAUAGUCUGGAAAUCCUACAAACUCAGCCUCCAGACAAGGAUGGCAAUAAGUCGGCUCCUCCAAUUAUACAGAAGAGCCUAGCUAUUUCAGUAUCUAGUCAAGUCAAUUCAUCAACAGAUGUUCAUGUUGUAAAUGUGAACGACUCAUCAUCUCAUCCCACCGCUGCCGGUGACGGCCCCAUUAUGAGUACGGGUAGAGACUCGAUAACUGUCAGUCCAUUAACAGUUAUGCCAGGAACAUCAUCAUUAUCGUCUUCAUCUACAUCAUCACCAUUAACCAAAGAUCCACACAAAUCUGCUAUGGAUAAAGAUAUGUCAGACAAACAACCAUAUGCCAAAAAAUUGCAGUCAUCAUUAGACCAUCAAUCCAGCACCCCUCAGAGAGGUCUGUUCCCUGUGUCGAUUUCACCAGCUAAUAUGUCCCCUAUUAAUCAAGUAAAGAAAUCAUUUGCCGCAGGAAGUGCUUCCCAAGCUGCCUCUAUGUCACAAUCACAUGAUUCACCUGCCAAACGAACACCAACCUCAGCAGUAAAUGAAAUGGAGAGGCCACCAUCUUCAGAUUCAGGCAAAGAUUUGGGGACAAAAAGUAAGGUGGAUGAUAGGUCUGCAUUAAACAGUACAGAUAUGGCACCUGAUUUAAGUAUUGUUAAAGUUGAACCUACAGGUGAGGCUGGAUUAGACAUGUAUGUUGAUGUACCAGAAGAAAGUAUGAUUCAGGCACAACAAAGAGAACAAAGGGAACAUGAUGAUGAAAGUGAUCUGGAAUUGGAAGAAGCCUCAGGAGAUUGGUCAAGGGAUGAAAUGUCAAACGAAGCAGCUGGUGGGGACCAGAAUAACUCCUGGUAUAUAGGACAGUUCAAAGCUCCCAACAAGCCAGUUUUAAAAACAAAGCCAAUGCCUGCCUGUGCUAAAGCUAAGAAGUAUCCAGGUUGGAAGGAGGAACCGUCGGAAGACCCCAAUGAUCAAGAGAUAGAGUUUAUGCCAGGUCACAAAUUAGUUCACAUCACUGGCCAUAAACGAGCUUGCGCUUAUUGUAAUAUACUCCGUCUUAAGACAAAAUCGGGAUGGGCUAUAAAAUCUUACUAUAAAUGUGAGGCCUGCGAUGUAUGUCUUUGUAAAGGAAAGAAGGAUUGUUUUGUAAGGUAUCAUGAAUUAAGAAUGGAACAACCAGAUUUGUCACCAAAGAUGUUGCUGAAAACUUUAAAGGAAGCAACUGCUAGUCAAACACCAAAAAAACCUCGUAAAAGUGCCAAAGUAGAUGACCCAGGAGUUAAAAAUGUUGCAAUAUAUGAAGAAUUUACCUCAAUGAUGACACAGGCCAUUGCUGAUCAACUUCAGGCAUAUGGGGGAAUGUUGGACCCAGAUGACAGUGGUCAACAGAGUUUGGAUCAGAGUCGUGGAAUUUACCAGCAGUCACAUAUAACUGUCUCACCAAAAAACACAAAUGGUCCCAGUCAACCUGAAACUGGAAAUGAUAAAAAUAGAAAUAACUCUGAACCUCUGAAAAUCGAACAAGGAAUCUUGCCAAAAACUAAAGAUGAAAAAUUAAACCCUGAAGAAGAACAAAAUUACUCACCUAAUAACCAACAAGAAUAUUUGUUGUAAUAUGUUGUUAUUGAAACAAAUUUAAUGUGUUCAGCUAAAUCAUAGACAAAAAAAAGGGCAUUUUAUUGAAAACAUACUUGAAGCAGGAAUAGGUUUUAAAUGAAUCAGUCCCCAAAAUAUUUCAAUGUACCUAUUUGUUAAAAUGUUAUUGCCACAUUGAUCAAAUUUUGACAGACAUAAUAAUUUAUAAAAUGCUCCAUGUUUUACAUAUUAUGUGCCAAGUAUUAUUUUUUUAAUCUUCCAUAUUUAUUUUUUGACACGUUGUUCCAAUAAAUGAUACAGGUACAUCCUGAAGGCAUUAUAAUUUAUUUUUUUGUAGAUUUGUGUUUCUUAGUUUUGCCAUUUUAUGAAACUCUUUUUAUGAAAAAAAAACCAGAAGACUCCUGAAGGUUUUCUUUUCAUACUUUUCUACCUUGCUUGUGACAAACACAUAGUAUAAAAGAUUAGAGAUAAGGUCUUCAAUCAUCUGAGUUAAAAUCUUUGUUGAUUUCAAUAAAAUUCUUGAAAAUAGUCAUAUAUACAAAUUUCAUAUAUUGAAAAAUCACAACAGUUUGAAGCCUUUAAUUUAAAAAAAAAAUGACAUUUGCAGUGAAAGAACAUUUAUUUUAUAAAGUAAAAGAAGCUAAUAAUUUCUAUAGGAACAGCAGUAAUUUGUACUAGAAAUUUAAGUAGAUGUCACAUAAAAACUUACUGGUGUACAUGGUCUUCCUUACCUGGUGUUAAAUUGUCUAAUAUAAUUUUUAUUUUAUUGGCACAAUGGCAAAAUUCCAAUUUUUCUAAAGAGUACUUUAUGUAAAAUAAUAAGUAUUCAGGAUACUAUAGCUUUUGACUUAAAAGAACCUUGUGUUCUUCCAAUGGGUAGCUGAUGCAUACAUGUGUACAAAGUACAUAAUUGUGGGAUUUAAGAUUUUAAAAUUUUAUAAACAAGCUGGAAGCAAUAUAGCCAUUACUAUCUUAUUUCAUUUUGUUUGAAUAAAGCCUGGUUACUUGAUUAAACUUCCAACAUAUCAGUAUAACCUAUUCACAUUUUGGUUAUAGAUUAGACCACUAAUGCAUGCCUCACUUUCUGCAUUGAGACCAUUGAGAUGAAGUACAGCUUUUAAAAACUUUUAAAUUGGACACAGAAGUCUUUUGAUAACAAGGCUUUGUUUACGUUUCUUAUAUAAUAAUAUGUAAUUGUAUAACUUGCAUGUGUUUUGUGUAUUCACUAUACUUUAAAAAGGUGUUAAUAAUCGUGACAAAAGAUGCAUGAAAAUGUAUUGGAAAUCCCUCUUUCCCUAUUUAUGCCCCUUUGUUUUGUUUUAUGUUUGAAAAUACUCAUUUUGUUUGCUAAUGUUGUUUACUAAAGUUAAGAUUUGAUUGUAUUGUCUGCAAAGCAGUGUUGAUUCAUAAAGAUUACUUAGUGUAGUUACAUGUAGUCUGGUUAUCAGACUUUGUAAUAACUCAGUUUCAAAGAAAGGGAGGUAACUGGUUUACCUUCGUCUGUCCAUUACACAUUUCUGUCACAAUUUUCUUAGCAAAUACAAGUCAUUGCUUCUUGAUUUAUUGCACCAAGCUUUAUCUGGAUAUACAAUAACGUGAUACAUUUUCAGUUCCAUAAUAUUAAACUUCCUGUUAGGGAAAUAUUAUAUCUUAAAAUGUUGCCCACUUAUUUGAAAUUUUGGUCACAUUUUUUUGUCGAGUGAGAUAUGAGCAGUAGCUAACAGUUCAUCUUGUGUGACAGAACAAACAAAAUCUGCAUCAAUUCUUAAACGUAAAGUAUGGUUAAACAACUUCAAUUUUAAUUUUCACCACUUUGGUAACUUAGGUUUCCUAAUUUAAAUCAUGUACCUCAUCAUAUAGAACAUGACUGUGUGUUAUUAAUUGACUACGUAUGGCAGGUUAGUUUCGUUGACCCAUGUCUUCAAUGUAUUACUCCUAUGUAAAUUUAUAUCAAACUCAGGAAGAAAAAAACUUUUGUAUCUGAACAACAUCUGCAGCUAGGAUAGAGAUCUUCAGACACAAGGCCAGUUAAUAUUUGUUCAGGGCAACUUUUUUGCAAUUUAAUUGUAGAUGUAAUAAGUUGUGACAGGAAGAGUACUUACAAUAAAACAUUUUUUUUUACUAAGUUACAUAUAUCUACUGGAUGGACUGUUCAAUAUACGAUUUUUUUUACCUUUGGAAUAUGAAGAUUUUGACAAGUCAAAAUGAAUAAAAAUAAAUUUAAUUUUCAUGUGCAAUUUUUAAAGUUAUUAAUAUACAUUGUUAGUGAUGAGCAUUCUUUGUUUGUAUUACAAAAAAAAAUGAUCCCUGAUGGUUGGUCUUCUAAAAUUAUCUUGUUUGAAAUAAAUUCUUCAAGACAUUGCUCUGAAGUUAGAUAAUUCAAAAACGAUAGAUGAACAUUACCUCCUACCAGUCUUUAUUCAUACAUCAAGUUAAAUAUAAGUUGUAACAUUGAAUCUGAACAUUUUCAGGGACAGCAAAUUUUUGCAAUUUUUACAAUAUCUGUUAUUAGUUGACUGCCUGAAACAAGACACUUGGAUAUAUUUAGAACAUAACAGAAAUCCUUUUUUAUAUGCAUGUUUUCGUCUUUGUGCUAUAUUUAUUUAUGUAUCUUUGUUUAGAUAUGUCAGUGUUGGUAUUUUAGAAUAAAAUGUUGAAUUAUGUUAA